AUGCUAAUAGAUAAACACAAAGCACUAGUACACAUUUCAAUCCUUUUGAAUAUCCUGAUCGACAACAUCUGGAACACCGCACUUGAUGUGAAGCUUUCUGCUUCGAUUAGUCGCCAAAGUUUGAGCAAGCCUUUCGAAGGCAAGGAACUUUCAAUUAACACUAAUUUCCCAAGCGCAGCAGAGAAGUUGGAUUCCAGCGAUUCCAGUAAUUGUCACAACAAAAAUCAAGCUGAGAAAUUGGGUGAUAGCUUGAAGGCUCUUGAAAUACCAUCAAGGAUAGAUGGACAGGAAAAUGGAGAAUCAAGUGGCAUUGGAGACGAGGCCGGCAGUCAUAUUGUCUUGGGAGCUCCUGGCAUAGAAAGCGGACAGGCGUGA